AUGACGAACGACGCGUCGAGCGCGGCGGGAGAGACGCUCGAUGAUGCGAGCGAUGUCAUCGCGGACGCGCGUUCGAUGUCGACGGUCGAGGCGACGGCGAUGAGGAAAGAUGGGAUCGCGGACGCCGCCGCCGAGACCUCGACGAGCGAGACGAACGACGACGACGCGACGGCGAUGGCGAAGAAGAAGAAGCCGCGACAGCGGAAGACGUACGAGCGGGUGAAGCUGCCGACGCCCGAGGAGGUGUAUCAACAGGAUGCGAUGGAUAACUGCGCGCUGAAGACGGGGAUGUCGUUCGCGCUGGGCGGGGCGCUGGGCGGGGUCAUGGGCGUGGUGUUCGGCGCGUUCGAACCGAUGGAGAUCAGACCGGCGGACGCGCCCAAGGUGACGAUCGCGGAGAGUGUGAAGCAGGGCGCUCGAGCGGCUGGGGCGCGAUCGUGGUCGUAUGCGAAGGGGUUCGCGCAGUUCGGCGCGCUGUACGCCGGGAGCGAGUGCGUGGUGGAAAAGGUUCGAGCGAGUCACGAUAUGAUGAACAGUGCGUACGCCGGUUGCUUCACGGGUGGAGUUAUGGCCCGGACGAGUGGACCGCAAGGGAUCGCGAUGGGAUGCGCGACGAUGGCGGCACUGAGUGUGGCGAUGGAUAAGCUCAUGGACCACUAA